AUGGAGAUUGAUCUGGAAAAACUUCCAUUUGACCUUGAUUUUCAUCCAUCAAAUAACCUAGUUGCUGCUGGUCUCAUCACCGGCCAACUCCUUUUAUUUUUAUGCUUUCAUGCUGUUCAUUAUAUUUUUUUUUUGAUUCAAAUGUUUCCUAUUGUUAGGCUACUGGUAGUGGAUGCUCACACUGCAUCAUGCAGAGCACUCCGUUUUGUCAAUGAAGGGCGGGCUGUAGUAUCAGGGUCUCCAGAUUAUUCCAUUCUUGCCACCGAUGUCGAAACUGGUGCAGCAAUUGCACGUCUUGAGAAUGCCCAUGAGGCUGCUGUAAAUCGGAUAGUGAAUUUGACAGAGUCAACAAUUGCUUCUGGAGAUGAUGAAGGUUGUAUUAAGGUGUGGGAUACCAGACAGCGUUCUUGCUGCAACACGUUUGAUGUUCAUGAAGAAUACAUUUCGGACAUGACAUUUGCUUCAGAUUCCAUGAAAUUGAUUGGAACAAGUGGAGAUGGUACUCUCUCAGUUUGCAAUUUAAGAAGCAACAAGGUUCAAACUCGUUCCGAGUUCUCUGAAGAAGAAUUGCUUUCUGUGGUGAUUAUGAAGAAUGGUAGAAAGGUUGUAUGCGGAACGCAGUCUGGAACCCUAUUGUUGUACUCAUGGGGAUUUUUCAAAGAUUGCAGUGAUCGUUUUGUUGAUCUCUCUCCUAAUUAUGUGGAUGCCUUAUUAAAGCUCGAUGAAGAUAGAGUUAUCACUGGUUCUGAGAAUGGAAUAAUCAGUUUGGUCGGUAUAUUGCCCAACAGAAUUAUCCAGCCAAUUGCUGAGCAUUCCGAAUAUCCCGUCGAACGUCUUGCCUUUUCUUAUGAUAAAAAGUUCCUAGGCAGCAUAUCGCAUGAUCAGACCUUAAAGCUAUGGGAUCUGGAUGACUUGCUGCAAGGGUCUGGAGGUACUCUGUCAAAUCAUUCUAAUGCCUCCGAUAGUGAUGGUGACGGGAUGGACGUUGAUGAUAGUAUUCCUAAACCUUCUAAAGGGACCAAGAGAAAAAAUGGAAACAAAGGGCAAAACAUUGGCAGUUCAAACAGUUUCUUUGCAGAUAUGUAG